GCCUCUCUUUGAACAUCAUCUCUGACUCACCUCUUUCUUCCAGGCUUCUUUUUUUUUCCAAUAGAUUUUUGUUUUUGUUUUUUGUUUUUUAAUUUAAAAGAACUUUCAUUACAUUUUCUGGUAGUCUCUCAUUCCCUCAGCACUGUGGACCAGUGUCAUCCUGGACUGAGUUUAUCACCUGGCCUGUGAGAAACACCUCUGUCCCCUCUUCAUCACUAAGAACUGAGUCGUACUGUGCACUUCAGGACACAAAAGUAGUUCAAGAUGGCUCUCAAUAUACCAGGUCUGGUGGUGAUGGCGCUGUUUUACCUGCUCAUCUUGGGCACGGGCAUCUGGGCGUCCUUGCGUUCCAAAAAGGAGGAGAAAAAAUGCACAGGAGACGGCAUGGAGAUAACACUACUGGCUGGACGCAAUAUCAACUUACUAGUUGGUAUCUUCACACUUACUGCUACAUGGGUUGGUGGAGGCUUCAUCCUGGGUAUAGCUGAAGCAACAUACAACCCAACGCUAGGUGCAGUUUGGGCACUCAUGCCUGUGCCCUAUGUCCUGACCUUCUUCUUAGGUGGCUUUUUCUUUGCCAAGCCAAUGAGAGAAAACAAGUACGUGACAAUGAUGGAUCCUUUCCAAAAGAAGUAUGGGAAUGUCCUUGCAAGUGCACUGAUCUUUCCUGCACUGGUUGCAGACGUGCUGUGGGUGGCACGCACACUUGUCAGCCUGGGUGGAACCAUGAGCGUGAUCCUGGACCUGCCCUAUGUCUACUCCAUCAUCAUCUCCUCAGUGGUGGCCAUAGUCUACACACUGCUGGGGGGGCUUUACUCUGUGGCUUACACAGACGUCAUCCAGCUGAUCCUCAUCUUCAUCAGCCUGUGGGUGUGCGUCCCUUUCAUGAUGACCAACCCUCACUCUGUGGACAUCUCGCUGACAGCAUACAAUGCAACUUUCCAGGCUCCUUGGGUCGGCACCGUGGAGCUCGAUGAGGCGGGCAAGUGGUUCGAUGACUUCAUGCUGCUGGCUCUGGGCGGUUUGGCCUACCAGGCGUUCUACCAAAGGAUCCUGUCCUCCUCAUCUUACACCCAGGCUCAAGUGACCUGCUUCGCCUCUUCGGCCUGCUGCCUGGUGCUCGGUAUCCCCUCAGUCCUGAUCGGGGCUGUGGCUGCAUCUACAGAUUGGAACUCAACCUCUUAUGGACUGCCCACCCCGUACGAGCGCGACCAGGCAGGAUCCAUCCUCCCCAUCGCUCUGCAGUACCUCACACCCCCCUACAUCUCUGUCAUUGGCAUUGGGGCUGUAGCUGCCGCCGUCAUGUCCUCCAUGGACUCGGCCCUGCUGUCCUCUGCCUCAUUGUUCUCCUCAAAUAUCUACAAGAACAUCAUCAGGAAGCAGGCUUCAGACUGUGAGAUGCAGUGGGUCAUCCGUAUCUCCGUGGUGGUCGUGGGUCUGGCUGGCACCGGCCUCACCUUCCUGGACAGUAGCGUCCUGGUGUUCUGGCUUGUCGGCGUGGACAUGUCCUACACCAUAAUGUUCCCUCAGCUGGUCUGCAUCCUCUUCUUCAAGGUCUCGAACGGUUACGGCGCCAUUGUAGGCUACAUAAUGGGGCUCGUCAUGAGGGUCCUGAGCGGCGAGCCCCUCAUCGGCCUCCCACCAGCCAUCCAGUUCCCCGGAUGCCGGCUGGACAAGGAGGGAAAGCUAACCCAGUACUUUCCCUUCCGUACCGCCAUCAUGCUCAUUUCUCUAAUGUCUAUUCUCCUUGUUUCAUUGUUGGCGUCCAUCAUUUUCAACAAAGGCCUUCUGCCGGAGAAGUGGGAUGUGUUCAAUGUCAAGCGCAGGCAGAGAGCAGCAGCCAAGGUCGCGGACGUUAAGAGGACCAACUCUGGAAAAGAAGAGGCUGCCGUGGCCAAGCAGCUGCUGGACACCACCAGCUGCUGAGAAGUCUCACAACGAGGGGGAGAAAGGGUGGGCGCCGGCCGGAGGCAAGUUUGUGUGCCGGCUGGGCACGAUUUCACAGAGGGGGAACAGCAGCAAAGGCUGGAUGCUUUCUACAGUUUGUACAGCACUGCUGACACAACAGCAGCAGGUAUGAGCUGAGCUCUCUGGUACCCUACCUAUGAGCUGUUGUCUUCUAAAGCAAAUACAGUAAAAAAAAAAAACAAAAAAAAAACAAAGAUAGGCUCCCUGGCUAAAAGCCAUACGCCUGUGUCGUAUAAAUAGCCACAAUAAAAACAUUCACAGAGACCCAGAAUAAAAUGUCGCAGUUUGUGCUGCAUUCUAUUUAAAUCAUCAGUCAUCACUUAAAAUAGAAACAAAUUACAUACAGUUCAUUAAAGCCAUUUCAUUUUUUCUUUUUUUGCUACAAGCUUACAGUAGUUCACUUUCACAAACACACUUUGGCAGGUUGAGCUUCUGCCCAGACCUGAAUUUCAUUUCCUAACGACCACCAGCACUGUGGUAAAAAGACACUUGCACAAAAAAAGAGACUUUGCACAAAAGGAACAAUCAGUCCUCCAGAAUGUUGAAAAUUAUAACAACACACAAAUAGUAUGUUGUCAUUUAUUAACAUUUCACAUAAUCAUAUGAUCAUAUGAUCUGCAUCGCAGCGCUCUGCAGCGGGUGCCGCCACCUUUCCUCUGACUGUCAGCAGGACGCGGCUCUUUCACAUAGAACAAAGAAAUGUCACCCUGAGAACAAAGAACGAGUGAACGUUUUGCACGGCUUCAUAUGUGAAAGAUGUUUAGACAGUUCAUUUCAUCAUCAUCUCCUUCCUUUAUUCACUAAGGCUGCCUCAAGUCCAAUAAUGCAGCAACAGCAGCUCUCCUCAUCUUGCUAGUUAGGUUAAUUUUUCCUCUUGUGAGGGAUUAUGCACCAUGUGAUUUAUUUGAAAUAUUAACCCUGGUCACCAAAAUGUUCUGUCUGCCAAAUGAUUUGAGUCAUCAAGUCAUUUAAACAUAAUUAAGAUGUGAAGCUUUACAAUUACGUGUAAAUGUUUUACAUGCAAGUAGACACCAACAAAUUUAGGACUUUUUUUUAAAGUUUGAAACAACCCAGGUACAGAUAAGUCAGCUGCAAGCUCGACUGCAGUGCAAUGCUGCAGGUGCUGAUGUGUGAGAAAUAAUAAAACUCAUAAAAUGGCAACGGAAACACUGAUGGAAGUGACACCGACACUAUCUCGUGCUUUUUAAACGUCCCAUUUUUCCCUCCCCCCUCCUUGUCUGCUGAAUGAUGAGUUUUGCUGUAAAGAAAAACAGGGGGAGAUGAAACUGUACACCCGCUUCGCUCGAAUGCAUUUCACAAAAUGACUGAGUGUAGCAGUUUAUUCCAUGACUGCGCAGAGAGGUCGCCCAACAUCUCCCUCGUUUUCCUCCUCGCUCAUUCCUCUUUCUCACUUUUUUUGCCUUUCCCUUUUAUUGUUUUUAAUGUACUGUAGUUUUUUGUAACUGUAUGCAAAGCUGUAGUUUACUAUGGGAUCAUUUUUUUCUCUGAGGCAGUGCAAAUGUUUGCAGCUGAGAUUCAGAGAAUUGAAAGUUUUACAGCAGUACAAAUUCUACUCCCUUUUAUUAAUGAUUUGAUUUUUAAGACUGUGUAAUGUUUUUUGUUGGUUCUUUUCUUUUUCCUUAUGUGUGUUUUAUUGCACUAGAUGCCUGGUAGUAUCAGAAAGCCUUCCUCUGCCAUGCUGUUGCCUUUAAUGUCACUGGAAACCUGUUUUACUAAAUUGUUGAUUGUGUAAUUUACAGACUAAAACUUUCAUAUACUCUAGUCACUGCUCUGAUACCUCAUAGUGGUAUUGUUGUUUUUCAAGUAUACAAAACGUUACGUUUUUUGGCUUCUAUCCAACAGUGUGAAUGUGAACGAGCCGUCAAAAAGAAGUAAAAAAUCAAAGCCAGAUAAGGACAUGCAGGAUAUGAUGCAUGUGUCUUUUUAUACGUGCGAUUGUGAUUCCUACUUGUAUUAUACUCUUGUGCUGUAAAUUGUGAUCAUAAUUUGUAUUUCUACACUUUCUAUUUUUUAUCAGUUGUUUGCUUAUGUGCAGAGUAGAAAACUUUAUCUCAAGUUAGCAAAAUAAUAAAUAAAUUCACCUUUGAUUUUGCAGAACAUGAAUAAUAUAGAAUUUCAACAGGUGUUGGUGAACUUUGGAGAGCACUGAUUGUGAACACGUGUGGAGAAACAUGUUACUGUACGUGCCUACAUGAGCACUCCUGUCCCGACAGCCUCAGAUUACGUCCACACGACAUGAUCUGAAAGGAAACUCAGCAGCCAUCCUCGACAGGCUGUCUCUGGUUCAGUGAAGGGUGGCACAGCCUUACAAAAAGAACGUUUUAAAAAUGCUGCGUACGUUUGUCGUCUGUGCAAUUAAAGCUUUCGUUUCCGUUGCGGGUUGGUCAGACAGCUCUAAAAGUGCUGGACAGUUGUGUUUGUAUUACAGUGUGAGUUCUAUAUUGUAUUUUGUCCCCUAAACAUGUAUUUGGUUUUAUAUUAUCAUGCAUGUCGACUGUCAUUUACUGAGUUGUUUGUAUACUGAACUUUUGUGAAGACUGUUCUUCUUGCCACUUGGCAAGGUCCUACUUUGUUAUCAGUUAAUGUAAAUCCCCAUGGGGUGAUGUUCUGUCAGAAUAAAGGAUGAAACCAAAUUA